AUGGCGCCGGACGCGGAGGGCUUCCGUCAGGUGCAGAGCAGGAGGCGCUGGCGUCGCGUCGCUUCUCCUCGACGGCCGGUGCCCUCGAACUUGGUCGGCUUGUGCUUCAAUUGCCUCGCCGGUGACCACGUGCAUGCCGACUGCACUUUCCCGGCCAAGUGCUACAACUGCAGGGAUGUUGGGCAUCAGGCGCGUGAUUGCCCUCUUCCUCCGGUCGCUGGUCGCUGGGAGGGCAAGCGUGGCCGUUCUCCGCCGCGCGCUACGGGUUUCCGACGGGGCGCGCGCCGCCGUCGUUCGUCGCCUAGCCGUGGGGCUUCACCCGCGGACACGGUCUCCGCGCAUUCGGCCUCCACCGGCCGGGAGCCGUCGGUGCCUCCGGUGUGCCAGCCUCCCACCCCGGAACCCCAGGUUAACGAUCCGCCGGCUGGCAACGCUGGGCAGCCCCUGCCCGCCGCGGGUCCGUCUGAGGUCGCCGGGGACGCUGUCGCUGAUGGGCCUCUGGAUCAGCCACCCGCGCCGGAAUUACCUCGGCUGAUUCCGCGCGCACUGCUGAGGACCCCGGAGCUGCAGGCCGCUGAAGAUGCUCUGUCCAUGGCCCUGCUCGCGCUCCUGGUCGGCACCAGGCCUGUGGUCACUCCGACCAUGGUUUUGGACCAUCUCGAGGAGCACUUCGGGAUCCCAGAUGACCGAGUCUCCGUCCGCCGUACGAGGCCGAAUGAUUUCAUCGUCCGUUUCAGUCGCCGCGAGGAUCUCGAGCGUGUUCUGAGCGCUGCGCCCCCAGAGCGGGCACCAUUCACCCUGCAAUGGAGACGUUGGAGUCGCUUGAUCAUGGGUUUGGCCGGCGCGUUCAGAUUCAAUUCGCGGGCCCGUCGUGACGUUGUACGCAAGUUCUUGGCACAGGAGCGCGUAUCUGUCGUAUGUCUCUGGAAGGAAAAGAACAAGAGGACUUCAGAUGUUGUUGUUGGAGGUCGACAUCGUCGCUCGGACACUGCACCAGGAAGCGGAGGAGUGGAUCAAGGCUGGAUUCUCCUGCCUUGCAGCGCUUUGCCCUUACUGGUUGUCGCAAAAUUUAGUUCCAGUGUAAUAUCGGUGACCUUUGAAUCCAGUAGCUAG